AUGUCGCCCCCCGACCGUCCCCCGCGUCUCCCGCUGCGGAUGGCCGGCGGCCGUCCGCAGCCGGGCUACCUGCGCUGGUCCGCCCCCCGGGGCACCCUCGCGGGCCCCUCCGCUGCCGCCCCCGUCGCCCCCGCCAGUGCCCCCGUCGGCCCCGCCCGCGCCGACGACGACGCCGCCCCCCCCGGGACGCUGGCCCGGCCUCUCCCCGUCUCCCGGGGCAUCCUAGAUGCCAGGGAGAACGCGGUGGGGCCGGGUCAGGUCCGCCAUGAGAAGUUGCCGCAGGCCCUGUCGAAGUGUCCCUUGACGCGCCGGCAGCCCGUGAAAGACCCGUGGCCCGGCCUAUGUAUGGCUGCAGUCGAGGCACGUCAUGCCCGUACGACCGCGGCUCUGGAUCAGGACUGCGUUCGGGUAGCCGAGGCGCCUCCUGGCCUUGGCCGAGUCGACUUUGCCGGCACCGACCGGAUCAAGGACUGGAUCCACGGGCUCGAGGCCCUUUCUCUCGAGAGGGAGGAGGGGCUUGCCAGGUGGGAGGAGGAGGAGAAAAGACUUGCGUCGGCUGCUGCCCAGCGCGGCAGCGGCCAGGGAGAGAGUGCUCGGGUUGGCGCCAAGUGUCACGCACCCGACGACGAUAACAACAACAACAAUGCGGUCCCCAACGACCCUCCGGCGCCCAAGCGCAGUCGCUUGGGCAACGUUUGCCAGUGCGCCAUCUCGCGCAUGACUGGUCGCCGCGAUGACGACAACACCACCACCAAGACCGAGAGCGGACCCAAGACCCGCAUCCCCCGUUCCCCCGCGUUCGUCGGCAGCAUUGUGGCUGGCAACGCCGUUACCACCGCCACCGGCACCAGCACCACCACCACCACCCCUGCCGCCACCACCACGGCACCUGCGCCUGGUCCCUGUGACCACCUCGACCGUUCCCUCCGCUUCAGCGCCUUCUCCGACGCGGGAUCGCUGUUUGGCGCGACGGCCGGUUCAGCAGCCGGCACGUCCGUCCCCCCGCGCACCCUCAAGGUGGCCAUCGUGGGAUCUGCCGGGGCCGGCAAGACGGCCUUCUUCAAGCGUGUGGGCAAGGGCUCUUUCAUCCCGACAUACACUUCUCUCGUCCCGGACCGUCAGCUCGUCGCCGUCCGCCUCGACGACGGCUCGGUUGUGUACGUCGAGCUGUGGGACUUGCCUGGCCUCAUGGCCAGCGACCAUGCGGGCCCGCUCCUCCCGACCGCUUUCCACGCCGCCAUCAUCUGCUUCAGCCUCGAGAGGGUGCAGAACCUGGCCGCGAUCUCCCAGGUGUGGAAACCCAAGCUGGACGCCUCGCAUCACAACGGCGACGUCUACGUGCUGGGCCUGAAGAGCGACGUGCGGCCGGAGGUCCCGGUCCUGCAGCUCAACUACCUCCCGACCGCCGCGGCGGUUCCUCGGGAUCUGGGCGAGCAGGCCUGCGACUUGAUUCAGGCCAACGGCUACGGCGAGUGCUCCGCGCGCACCGGGGCCAACGUCGACGCCGUGUUUCAGGCAAUUGUCCAGAACACCAUCAGCGAGCUCGAGGCGCGCGAGAACGCGGUCGGCGGGGGCCGUGGGGUGGAGCGCCCUCGGCCGGGGGUGUUUGGCUCGCUGGGCAGGUGCGCCCUGCGUCGCUUGGGAAGGGGCUCGCAGCAGGAGUGA